UGUCCGACGGUUGGGACUUGGCCGGUGAGGAGGAGCCAGAACAUGGCCUCGGGGAGCAUCUCGGUGCCGGAAGUUCCCUUGGGGAGCUCAGCUUGGCACUCCUUGAUUGUGCGGCCGUGGAAGCGGAUGCCCUCGUUUGCGUCGAGGACGGAGCCUUCCCAGACCAUGGCUUUGAGACCGCGCAUGCCGCCGAGGGUGUUCUCGAUCUUGACCUCGCCGAUGACCUUGUCGCUGUGGGCCUUGACUUUCUUGAGGAGCUCGCGCUUGGCGGGGAUGACGGCCUUCAUGGUGUCCUUCAGGCUGGGCUCCGAGGAGCUGGCGUAGCUGCGGGUGGCAUUGAUGACGAUUGGGCGGAGGGUGGAGGGCUGGGGAGUGUUAGGAAUUGAUCAGGUAGGUGGAAUUGAGGUAAUUGAGGUCAUUGAGGGUGUAGACUUACGCGUAGAGCCCUGAAGGCCCUCGUCGUGGUUCUUGCGUUCAUGGCCAUUGUGAUGUAUGGUUAUGUAUGCGGUGAAAGCGGGGAGAGAGCGGGGAGUUGUGCGAUAAGAGCUUCGUCUACGACGGUAUCCGUGAAGGCGACCGGGGUAUAUGAAGCUUCAAGAGAGGAUGAAAUUGAUGAAUAAAGAAUAUUUAUAGGGAGAUGAAAGGUAGAGAAAGAGGCUGAGGCUGAGAAGAAAAUAUACUUCACAAUCCCUCGGCGGUACGGUACAAACAGCUAAAAAUCGGGGUAUGGUGGCAUUUGUUGGGUGUGUUGAAUUGGCGGUGAUGGUUGGUUUAUUGUUAUGCCGAAACAUGCCGAGGGAUGGCUGUCAAUGGAUAGAACGAUAAGACGGAUAAGCAUGGAUAAGACAUCGUCUAACCGGCAAUUCUCCCUUACGGCCGCAUUAUGGCCGCAGUUAGCCAUGGAUAACAUAAUUUUGCUUACUUGACUUAGACUGCAUGUGGCAACUGCUAACUCUGACUGACUAACUCAGCGAUCUACAGGCCGAACUUCGCUGUGAGGGUCUGGAGAACAUCUUUAUCCUCAUCCUUAUGACCGAGUUGUUGUAUAUUACUUGUUAUAUACGCAGAUAGAGAGCUUACGGAAGCAUACGAUAGUAUACGAAGCAUACUUGACGAGUGGGAUUAUACCGAAUAUAUACUCUACGACGACUACACCACACCUGCGACCUCAUCACCACCUCCGCACAGCUGUGCGAACACAACCGCCACCACCUCCAAACCCCCACUACUACCCUCACCAUGCUCCGCAGGAUAGCUUCCACGCUCCCUCGCAAAGCCCCAGCGACACUCACCAGCGCCCUCUCCCAACAACCCCGCACCCGCCUUCUCUCCUCCGCCGUCCCCAGGAUGGCAGCCCUCAAGCCCGCCAACCCACCCAUAUCCGCACAGCUGCCUUCCGACGGCUUCCAGCUGCUGCCCGAGAGCGAGAAGGCCGGCGCGGCAGAAGAUGCGCUGUACGACCAGCAGAUCAAGGAUGUCGAGGCGUGGUGGGCGACCCCGCGAUACGACGGCAUCAAGAGGCCUUACACGGCUGCGGACAUCGUCUCGAAGCGCGGCAGUCAGCUGCAGUCAUACCCCAGCUCUGUGAUGGCGAGGAAGCUGUUCAACCUCAUCAAGGAGCGCGAGGCGGCAGGAGAGCCAAUUCACACAAUGGGAGCAAUUGACCCCGUCCAAAUGACCCAACAAGCACCAAACCAAGAAGUCCUCUACGUCUCCGGCUGGGCCUGCUCCGCCGUCCUCACCACCACCAACGAAGUCUCCCCAGACUUCGGCGACUAUCCCUACAACACCGUCCCGAACCAAGUCCAGCGCCUCGCGAAGGCACAAUCCAUGCACGACAGGAAACACUGGGACGCCCGGCGCAAGCUGACCCCCGAGCAACGCGCCAAGACCCCCUACACCGAUUUCCUGCGCCCCAUCAUCGCAGACGGUGACACCGGCCACGGCGGCCUCUCCUCAGUCCUCAAGAUCGCCAAGCUCUUCGCCGAGAACGGCGCCGCAGGCGUCCACUUCGAGGACCAGAUGCACGGCGGCAAGAAGUGCGGUCACUUGGCCGGCAAAGUCCUCGUCCCCGUCGGCGAGCACAUCAACCGCCUCGUCGCCGCGCGCUUCCAGUGGGACGUCAUGGGCUCCGAGAACCUCGUCAUCGCGCGCACCGACUCCGAGAGCGGCAAGCUCAUCAGCAGCGCCAUUGACGUCCGCGACCACGAAUUCAUCCUCGGUGUCGCCGACCCCUCCAUCAAGCCCCUCGCCGAAACCCUCCAAGCCAUGGAGCAAUCCGGCGCCAAGGGCUCCGAAAUCGACGACUUCGAAGCCAACUGGGUCAAGAACACCAAGCUCGUUUCCUUCGACGAAGCCGCCGUCCAAGCCUUCCAGGCCCGCGGCGUGCCCCAAUCAGACAUCGACGCCUACCUCGCCCACACGGCCGCGAACCGCGACCUCUCCGUCACCAAGCGCAACGAGUACGCGCAGCGCUUCACCGACUCGCCCAUCUUCUUCUCGUGGGACGUGCCGCGAACACGCGAGGGGUACUACCACUACCGCGCCGGGAUGACGGCAGCGACCAAGCGCGCGAUCGAGUACGCGCCGUACGCGGAUCUGCUCUGGGUUGAGACGGGGGAUCCGGUCGUCAAGGACGCAGCGCGGUUCGCGGGGGAGAUCCGCGAGCGUCACCCGGGCAAGGGCCUCGUGUAUAACUUGUCGCCGUCGUUUAACUGGAGCGGGCACGGGUUCACGGAUGAGACGCUCAAGUCGUUUAUCUGGGACAUUGCGAAGCAUGGGUUUGUGCUGCAGCUGAUUUCGCUGGCGGGGAUCCACUCCACGGCUACCAUUACGACGGAGCUGUCGAGGAAGUUCAAGGAUGAGGGCAUGUUGGCUUAUGUCAAUUUGAUUCAGCGCCCGGAGAAGGAGUUGGGUGUUGAUGUGCUGACGCACCAGAAGUGGAGCGGGGCGAGCUACAUUGAUGGUAUCCUCGGCGCCAUCCAGAGUGGUAGCAGCAGCAGUAAGAGCAUGGGAGAGGGAAAUACCGAGGGGCAGUUUUAAGAGUAAAGGUUUUAGAGUAAAGAGUCCGGAGGGGCUUACCGGUGGGGAAGGGGGAGGGGGAGGGAUCAGGGAUAAUUGUACAUAGAGCG